CUGUUAGAACCGUCAAGAGCAUGUGGUUUGUGUUUGGUGUUUCUUUUGGUCCGUGGAUUGUUUUGCGGUGUGGCGAUAUAUAGGGAAAAUGUCUGAUAACGAGGAUGAGAAGAAAGUUCUGAAUUUCCAUCAAAUGGAAAUCGAUGACCGAAUACUGAAGGCAAUUGCAAAACUUGGUUGGAUCACGCCGACAUUAAUUCAAGAGAAAGCAAUCCCAUUACUCCUUGAAGGUAAAGACGUCCUUCUGCGGGCACGGACAGGAUCUGGUAAAACCGCAGCAUUCUCUAUUCCGGUGAUUCAGAAAAUACUCAACUCAAAAGUGCACGCAACAGAACAAUUGGUGAGCGCUCUCAUAUUGGCGCCAUCGAAGGAGCUGUGUCAGCAAAUCAAAACAGUCGUAGUAGAUUUGACGGAGAAAUGUGGGAAGAUAAUUCGUUGCGUAGAUAUAUCCGCGGAUGUGGAACAAUCGGCGCAGAAACACAUGCUUUCAGAGCGGCCAGAUAUAGUGGUUUCGACACCGGCAAGGAUCUUAAUUCACCUGAAGUCGGGAGAUGUGAACUUGAAGAAAGGAUUGGAAACUUUGGUGAUUGAUGAAGCUGAUUUGAUUUUCUCUUUCGGAUUUGAGAAUGAUUUAAAGGAAAUCUUGCGUUAUAUGCCACCAAUUUAUCAGGCUAUUCUCGCUUCAGCCACUCUUAGUGAGGAAGUCGUUGAUUUGAAAAAGUUGGUAUUGCACAAUCCAGUCACGUUAAAGUUGCAAGAACCAGAACUGGCACCGCAAGGGCAGCUCUCACAAUACCACAUAGAAGCUGAAGAGAAUGAUAAAGCAGCCAUCCUUUAUGCCUUGUUGAAAUUGCACUUGAUUCGAGGAAAGACGAUUAUUUUUGUUAAUACCGUCGACAGAUGCUAUAAGCUUAAACUGUUUUUGGAACAAUUUGGUAUUCGGUCAUGCAUUCUUAAUUCCGAGCUUCCAGCGAAAAUUCGAGUGCAUACAGUGACACAAUUCAAUCAGGGAAAAUACGAUAUAAUAAUUGCAUCGGAUGAAAAAGCUUUAGCAAAUCCUGACCCCAAAGGCACUACAGUCACAUCAAAACGAAAACAGGACAAGGAGUCUGGUGUGGCCCGAGGAAUUGACUUUCAAUAUGUUAACAAUGUGGUCAAUUUUGACUUCCCACAGGAUAUUAGUUCCUAUAUUCACCGAGCGGGUCGGACAGCGCGAGGCAACAAUACUGGAAGUGUGUUAUCAUAUGUAAACUCCAGGGAGAAAAAGUUACUGGAAAAGGUAGAGGACCACCUUCGUGGGGGAUAUAUGACCGACGACGAAGUGAUCAGGAAUUACAAAUUUAAACUAGAUGAAGUUGAGGCAUUUAGAUAUCGUGCGAAAGAUGCAUGGCGCGCUAUAACUAGAGUUGCAGUGAAAGAGGCCCGUCUGAAAGAAAUCAAGAUGGAAAUUUUCAAUUGUGAAAAACUGAAAGGCUUUUUCGAAAGUAAUCCCCGAGAUAUUGAGGUUUUACGUCACGACAAACAGCUUAGAACUGUGAAAAUACAGCCUCACCUAGCUGAUGUUCCAGACUAUAUUGUUCCCAACGCACUCAAACGUACAAUAGGAGUCACAACACAUGUGAAAAGUAAACGGCAAUUUACAAAAACCGCGACUAGGGCGAGGUUUGAAUCAAAACAGCAAAAUCCCCUGUUGUGUGCUGAUGUUGAUUAUGCGAAGAAACGGCGGAAAUAAAGUUGGGAAUUAUUUUAAAAAAAAA